CCACUCACGUGUAGGUUACAAACUUCACUUCACUGAAACACAAUUUGCUCUGAGUUUCUUAUCCUUAACCAUGAAAAGUCACGAAUCGCCGACAAUUUCCACUCUUCUUGUGCUUGCCCUCUUCAUCUUUCUAUCUAAAACUGAAAUUGAAGCAAGAUUUCUCCAAGAAAUUUGUUCUUCUUCAUGUGGUGAACUCAACAAGAUCACUUACCCAUUUCGCCUAACCACCGAUCCAGUCGAGUGUGGUGAUCCUGACUAUCAACUUUCUUGCCAGGACAACAAACCCAUUUUGGAAUUUCAUUCAGGGCAGUAUUUUGUCAAGCAAAUUUCCUAUGAUAGACCUUUGAUCCGCCUGGUUGAUGUUAACUUAGCCAGUGGGAGCUGCAACCUUCCGCACAGUUCAGUGUCAGUUGAUGAGGUAAAGUAUGAUAAUCGCUAUAGGGGAUUGGUAUCUAGUACGUUUGCCAGUUUCUUCAGAUGUUCGAGUGGGAUCAAUGAUCAAGCUUAUAGGAAAGUUCCUUGUUUGAGUGGAAAUGACUCUCAUGUUUAUGUUAGCUAUGGCACCUAUGUAAUAUCUGAUCUUCAAGGUUCCUGUUCCUUCAUUUCGAGGGUUCCCACAAUUUACCAGGCUGUGUGGUACCCUUCUUAUGAAAGUAUCUUGAAAUUGAUGGCGUCAGGGUUUGAUCUUGAAUGGUCUGUUGAGUGCCGGGAUUGCAUUGCAGAUGGUGGUUCCUGCACUUUGAGCUCAUUGGGUACACCAAAUAUCUAUGAAUGCCAUUUUUCAGGCAUAUAUGUACCCACUCUGGUUUCAACCAUCUUUUAUGCUAUUUGGGACGUUUUGUUAGCAAUAAAUCUGAUUGCGAGAUUCAUCCUUGCUCCAAUAGUUAUAGUUGGAUUCCUAAUCUACAAACAUAGAACAACAAAGAAGACUGAAGAUAACAAGGAGGAAUUUCUACCCAAUCAACAAUCCUUGAUGCCCAGAAGGUACUCUUACUCUAAUAUUAUUGCAAUUACAGACAAUUUUAAAGAGAAAUUAGGCCGAGGUGGCUUUGGGACAGUGUACAAAGGACAACUUCCUGAUGGUCUUUUAGUCGCCGUCAAAAUGCUUGGCAACUCCAAGUGUAGUGAUGUGGACUUCAUCAAUGAAAUCUUCACAAUUGGUAAAAUUCAUCAUGUUAAUGUAAUAAGGUUAGUGGGAUUUUGUUGUGAGGGAUCUUAUCGUGCUCUUCUCUUUGAGUACAUGGUUAAUAGGUCUCUUGACAAGUACAUAUUUUCAAGAGAAACAGAACUUCAGCCAUUGAGUUGGGAGAGACUUCUACAAAUUGCUAUAGGGACAGCUCAAGGAAUUGACCAUCUACAUGUGGGAUGUGAUGUGUGCAUUCUUCAUUUUGAUAUCAAACCACAUAAUGUCCUGCUUGACCAUAAUUUCACACCUAAAGUUUCAGAUUUUGGUCUUGCAAAAUUUUACCCCGAAGAAUAUGAUUUUGUGUCUGCUAGUGCUACAAGAGGAACUAUGGGGUAUAUUGCUCCUGAGUUGAUGUCAAACAACCUUGGAGCUGUUUCUUGCAAAUCAGAUGUUUAUAGUUUUGGGAUGUUAUUGUUGGAAAUGGUUCGAGGAAGAAGGAACACUGAUGCAAAGGGAAGUAGUUCAAGCAAAGUAUAUUUCCCAUCAUGGGUUUAUGACCGUGUAAAUGGAGGAGGAGGUUUAGACCUUGACAAUGUUAGUGAGAGUGAGGCUGCAAUAGCCAAAAAAAUAUGUAUAGUUGGGUUGUGGUGCACUCAAAAAAAUGCAUCAGAUCGUCCAUUGAUGGCCAAGGUGGUGGAAAUGUUAAAUAGUAGCACUGAUGAUAUGCGGCUGCCACCUAGUCCUUUGUCUUUCCCUGAUUACAUUGCUACCGAAGAGCCUCGAUCAGAUUCUUUGACAGAGUUGCUAAUACCUGAAACAGUGGAGCAAAGCUUAUAGAAUGACAGUUUGUUAGCUAGAAAAGAUAAUGAGAAGUGGAAAAGAGCAAAUGAUAAAUAGUUGUUAAAUAAUUUUGUCAAGGCACUGCAUGUAGGUGCCAAUAUCUGAAGUAGUGUGUUUUUCUCUUCUUGUUAUUUGAUAACUUUCAAAAAGUCCAAAUCCUUUAGCUCCACUAAGUGCCUGUAUGUUAUUGCUGAAAUAAUAUUAUCAGUGAAGUUUCAGAAAACAUUCACCAUUGAA